AUGACCGAGCAAGUUACAGGAGCUAUCAAGCACGCAGUCAUGGGUCACAAGAACGACAAGAUUGAUCAGCUCAAGGCCAACAUGGUCGAGCCUAACGAGAACUCCCGAAUCACCUCCGAUUAUGGUGUCAAGCAGAACAACACCGAUCACUGGCUGCGCGUAGCAAGUGAAGACCAGACUGGUCCCUCGCUGUUGGAAGAUGCUUUCGGCCGAGAGAAGAUCCACCGAUUUGACCACGAGCGUAUCCCCGAGCGUGUUGUCCAUGCACGCGGUGCUGGCGCCCACGGUACCUUUAGACUCUUCGAGUCAGCCGCCGAUGUUACCAAGGCUGGUCUCUUUACCGACACAUCUAGAGAGACACCCGUUUUCGUUCGUUUCUCGACUGUUCUUGGAAGUCGCGGCUCUGCCGACACUGUCCGCGAUGUUCGUGGUUUCGCCAUCAAGUUUUACACCCAAGAAGGCAACUUCGAUAUCCCCGGGAACAAUAUCCCCGUCUUCUUUAUCCAGGAUGCUAUGAAGUUUCCUGAUGUUAUUCAUGCUGGAAAGCCAGAACCAAACAACGAGGUUCCUCAAGCGCAGUCUGCCCACAACAACUUCUGGGAUUUCAUGUUUGAGCACCCAGAGGCGACUCACAUGCACACAUGGGCCAUGUCUGACCGAACAAUUCCCCGAUCCUACCGCAUGAUGCAAGGUUUCGGUGUCAACACCUACACUCUCGUCAACGAGAAGGGCGAGCGACGAUUCGUCAAGUUCCACUGGACACCCGAGCUUGGAGUCCACUCGCUUGUCUGGGAUGAGGCUCUCAAGCUUGCUGGCCAAGAUCCCGACUUUCACCGCAAGGACCUUCAGGAGGCUAUCGAGAACGGCGCUUUCCCCAAGUGGAAGUUUGGUAUCCAGGUUUUGGACGAGUCUCAGGAGCACGAUUUUGACUUUGAUAUCCUCGAUGCCACCAAGGUUUGGCCUGAGGACCUCAUCCCCGUCCGAUACAUUGGUGAGCUCGAGCUGAACCAAACUGUCGAUGAGUACUUCACCCAGACCGAGCAGGUUGCUUUCUGCACUAGUCACCUUGUUCCUGGUAUUGGACACUCAGACGACCCUCUUCUCCAGGGUCGAAACUUCUCUUACCAAGAUACUCAGCUCAGCCGACUGGGAACCAACUGGGAAGAGCUCCCCAUCAACAAGCCAGUCUGUCCUGUCAUGAACUUUAACCGUGAUGGUGCCAUGCGACACACCAUCACCAAGGGCAAGGUCAACUACUGGCCCAACCGUUUCAGCCAUCAGCCUCCUGCCACAGAAAGCGAGGGUGCCUACGUCGAUUACGCUGCAAAGAUUGUCGGCAUGAAGCAGCGAACACUAAGCAAGAAGUUCAAGGACCACUUCACCCAAGCUCAGCUUUUCUACAACUCUCUUUCCGAGAUUGAGAAGUCUCACGUCCAAGCUGCCUACUCCUUUGAGUUGGACCACUGUGACGAGGCUAUCGUCUACGAGCGUUUGACUGAACGCCUCGGUGAAAUCGAUGGCGAUCUUGCCAAUACUAUUGCCGAGAUGGUUGGCGGUAAGAAGCCUGCUAACCCCAAGCCCAAUGCCGGAAAGAAGGCCAAGAAUCUGAGCCAACUUGACUUUGUCCCCGAGACUCCUACCAUCAAGUCUCGACGAAUUGCUAUCAUCAUUGCUGACGGCUAUGACCCUGUCGCCUUUAACGCGAUGUACGGUGCCAUCAAGGCUCAGAGCGCUCUCCCCUUUGUCAUUGCCCCCCGCCGAGCACCCAUCUUCUCUGCCGCUGAGGAUUCAUCAUCGUCAAAGGGCAUCUUCCCCGACCAUCAUCUCGAGGGACAGCGUUCUACCAUGUUCGACGCCAUCUUUGUCCCUGGCGGUGCCAAGUCCAUCGAGACUCUGUCCAAGAACGGUCGUGCCCUGCACUACAUCCGUGAAGCCUUUGGCCAUCUAAAGAUCAUUGGUGGCACUGGUGAGGCCGUUGCGUUCAUCAACAAGGCGAUCCAGCUUUCCGAGGUGGCUCUGUCGUCUACAGAUGGCAGUGGUGUCGUUGAUAGCUAUGGUGUCGUUACUCUCAGGAAUGCUUCACCCGACACCCUCAAGGAGAUUGUCACCGUUGCUUCCGACGCCAAGGGAUUCCUGGAGAAGUUUGUCUACAAUGUCAGCUGCCAUCGCAACUGGCAGCGAGAGUUGGAUGGUCUCAGCACCAUGGUGGCGUACUAA